CACAAGGUACAUACAAACUGUGAAACAAACUCAAAAGGAUACAAAACGGUGUCUGUUGUAGAUGAUGAUACAAGGACGGUUUCUUCUCAACACUCCCUUCUUGCCCAAUUUCUUCUUUCGAGGUGCAGUUUAGAGUUUAGUCACACAACCACUGAAGUUUGAAACAGAAUCAAAGGAUUAGAAGGCGUUUCUCCAAAAACAUGGCUUGGAGUAUGGAAAGAUGUGAUUUGGGUCUUGAUGUUAAGAUUGGAGUGGUUCAUCCUGCGACAGAUGCUUAUGCUGUUGAGGCAGUUCAAGCUUUGAAAGCUGGGAAGGUUAUUGCAGUUCCUACUGAUACAUUAUAUGGAUUUGCUUGUGAUGCUUGCCUGUUGGAAGCAGUUAACAGGAUUUAUGAGAUUAAAGGCCGUAAACAUACAAGUCCGCUAGCUAUUUGUGUUAGUGACGUAUCAGACAUAGACCGUUUUGCUCUAACCGAUCAUUUACCUCAUGGUCUGCUUGAUUCUCUUUUACCUGGGCCUGUCACAGUUGUACUAAAACGAGGAGAAUCAAGUGCUCUUGAACGAUCUUUGAACCCGGGAUUUGAUAGUAUAGGAGUUAGAGUUCCUGAUUGCAAUUUCAUUAGGCUCAUUGCCCGUGGUUCAGGAACUGCCCUGGCCCUUACCAGUGCGAACCCAAGUGGACAACCAAGUAGUGUUUGCAUCAAAGAUUUUGAAAAACUAUGGGAACAUUGUGCUUCUGUUUAUGAUGGUGGUACGCUUCCAUCCGGCCGUGCAGGUUCAACCGUUGUGGAUCUCAGUACACCACACAAAUACAAGAUUCUUAGACCUGGAAGCGCGAAGGAAGAGACAGUUGCCAUAUUGGAGAAGCAUGGUUUCAUUGAGACGGUGUAACCCCUGAAAUUAGUUGUAAUCCAUUUGUAGUUCCACGUUCUAGGCGUAAAUUUUCACUUCCAAAAACCAAUUCUUUCGCUUGGAUAUGCGAGAAUAUUAUCUCCCAGCUUACUUUUUUCUUUAACUGCGUAUAAGUUAUGCCACAGAAUCUCUGGGGCGCCAAAACUUACACUUGGCAUUGUUGGAAAUACUCACUUGCUGUCUAAGUUGCAUUAGGCUUUGUGGCUUUAUGUUGUGUUAUAAAAGCUCAUAUAUUAUGUAAUACUGAAAUCAGGCUCUUCUGAGACCUAUCAUGCUUCAAAGUAAUACUGAUAAUUAUCUCAGUUUAUGAAAAUUAUAUAAAUGGGAAACUGAAAAACUUUCUCACUGGUUCA